AUGUAUACAAAAGCAGCAAUAAAUGUUAACGAGAUGUACAAUGAAUUGAAGGAAGUAAGAACGAUUGCAAUAGUCGGACAUGUCGAUAGUGGUAAGUCUACAAUGACAGGAGCCUUGGCAUGUAGAUAUGGAGAUUUUGAUAAAAGAAUGCAAGAAAAAUUAAGCGAUAUCGCAGAGAAGUAUGGUAAGAAGACUUUGAAUUUAGCAUAUUAUACAGACAGAACUAAGGAAGAAAGAGAAAGAGGAGUAACUAUUAAUACAACUAUGGUUCCAAUUGAGACAUCUAAAUACAGAAUAAAUAUUAUGGACUGUCCGGGACACAAAGAUUAUGUUAAGAAUGCAACUAGUGGAUGUAGACAGUCUGAUGCAACUAUUGUAGUUGUACCAGCACGUUUUGAAGCUUCAGUAGGAACAGAAGGUACUUUAUUCACACAUAUUACACUUGCAGCAGUUUUGGGAUCUUCAGAUUUUAUUGUUUGUAUUAACAAGUGUGAUGAUAUAGAUAAAGAUUCAUCUGUAUCACCAUUGUCACAGUUUGAAGCAGCUAAGUGCGCAGUUAAGGAAUUAUUUACUAAAAUCGGAGUAAAUACUGAUAAAAUUGUAUUUAUUCCAACAUCUGCAUUUUUUAAUAUUGGAUUGUUUGAGGAAGAGAAACUUUUUGAUUGGUUCCCAGGACAUGAACAUAAGGAUCCAAAAACAAAAAAGAUUACAUUGAUAAAGACAUUAGAAGUAGCACUUGAUAUGUUACCACCACCAGAAAAAACCAAUGAAAAGGGAUUGAGAGCAAUUGUACAGAAUGUUUACAACAUCCCAGGUAUUGGAAUGGUAUGUGGAUUGAAUGUAGUCAGUGGUGUACUUAAGUUGGAUCAGAAAUUUAUAAUUCAACCAACAGGGUAUACAAAUACUAUUAAAACACUUGAGGAGCACAAGCUGUCAAUUAAUGAGGCUCAGAAUGGACAAAAUGUAGGAGCAACGUUCGCAGUUAAGAACAAGACACAAGAUGCUAAGCUUAAGACAGGAGAUGUACUUGCAGGAAUCGAAGAUAAGGAAACUUUCAAGACAUACGAGUUUUACGCAAUUUCAGGUGUAAACAUUAAAGAAGGAACAGUAAGAAAGGAUUCAAGUGCUAUUAAGGUUAAUUAUACACCAAUGUUGACUUGUGGAUCAACCAAUGUAAGUACUAAAUUUGUUAAACUUUUCUAUGAGCCAGUAGUAAAAGAUAAGAAGAAAAAAGGUAAGAGUAGUAAGAAGGAAACAGAAAAAGUUGAAGUUCCACUUGGAGAAAAGACAGAAUUUGGUUAUCCAAUUGAAGCAGUUAUGAAGAAGGAAAAGUUCAAUGCAAUUAUUUGUCCAACAAAACCAUCAUUGUUUGAAUUAGCAGAUGACUUUUCAGAUCUUGGAAAGAUUGUAUGUAGAGAUCAAGGAAAAAUUGUAUGUGCGGGAAAAGUAAUUAAGAAGAUUACAGCAGCUCAAGCUUUAACAGACUUUGAUAUUAAUUACAGUAAAGUAUUUGAUAAGAAACUAUCAUCAUCUUCCUCAAAAUCCAGUAACUCAUCAACUGUGUCUUUAAAGUCUAGUAAGUCUUCUUCUUCAUCUUCUAAGAAGUAA